CAUUCCUCAGCGUUUUUUUGCCCGACCAAUCACCCCACCAUAUUGUCUCAGAAGAAAAAGCCACAGAAAAACCUAGGAAAGGGAAAACCUAACCCAUUUCGCAUCUUUUGUAAAACAAAUACUUGCUUUAGAAUCCCACGAAGACCUAGACUGUCUAGCGUUCUUUUUAUUUCCUUCUGCUUCAAUCUUUUCUUUUUUUUUUUCUUCAAGACAAUGUCCUCUCAACCAGCGGAGGCUGCCCCUCCUACCUCUGCUACUGAUGCCGUCCUAGUUGCUUCAGAGCCCGUUCCUGAGGGGACUCGUCAGGUUCAGGGUGUGGACUUUGAGCGUUUCCACGGCCGCGAUAUUACCGUCGCCGAGAUGGUGGAUAACAUGAGAUACAUGGGCUUCCAGGGUACCGCAGUCGCCGAGGCUACACGCAUUAUGAAUGAUAUGCGAGCCUACCGCCAUCCGGAAUCGGGAGAGAAGGCGACAAUCUUUCUUGGAUACACUUCCAAUCUAAUCUCAUCGGGCCUUCGGGAUACCAUUCGCUACCUCGUUCGCCAUCGUCACGUUUCUGCAAUUGUCACCACGGCCGGCGGAGUGGAGGAAGAUUUGAUCAAGUGUUUGGCCCCUACGUACAUGGGUUCCUUUACGGCUCCUGGGGCUGGGCUUCGUGCGAAAGGACUAAACCGCAUUGGCAAUCUACUGGUCCCGAAUAGCAAUUACUGUGCCUUUGAAGAUUGGUUGAUCCCGAUUUUAGAUAAAAUGUUGGAGGAGCAAGAAGCCGCCAAAAAGAAGGCUCAACAGACCGGUGAUGAGGAGGAUGAGCUUCACUGGACGCCCAGCCGUAUCAUUGAACGACUGGGCCGCGAGAUCAACCAUGAGGAUUCCGUGCUUUACUGGGCCGCGCGCAACAACAUCCCCAUCUUUUGUCCCGCUCUCACCGAUGGCUCCUUGGGGGACAUGCUGUAUUUCCACACUUUCAAAUCCUCCCCACAACGACUGCGAGUGGAUAUCGUGGACGACGUGCGUCGCAUCAACACGAUGGCCGUCCGGGCCGCCCAGGCAGGGAUAAUCAUCCUCGGUGGUGGAGUGGUGAAGCACCAUAUUGCCAACGCGUGUCUCAUGCGCAAUGGAGCGGAGCAUGCCGUCUAUGUAAAUACGGCCCAGGAGUUCGACGGAAGCGAUGCUGGAGCUCGUCCCGAUGAGGCUGUGAGCUGGGGAAAGAUCAAGGCGGAUGCCAAGGCAGUUAAGGUGUAUGCGGAGGCAACCGUAGUCUUCCCAAUGAUGGUUGCGGCAUCAUUUGCUCGGGCCGACCAGUCUCCUGCAGAUUCAGCUGACCAGGCCCAGAACUAAGGCAUGAGUGUUUUGUUUUUUUCCACGGUGGUAGGCGGGGUAAGCUACGAGCACAGGACCGUGCGAUAAUUAGACGGGUCUCACGCCAGCAGCCCGCUCGGAGGCGGUUUCCCUCGAUCCUCUAAUUCUCUGCAGUGUCUAAAGUGUGUUGAGGAGUCCCUUGCGGGCACACUGCCUGCUUCUCAAAUCAGACGAUCCAUUGGGGCUCCAGAGGUGGCGACGAUAAAACCCCACCAGAUGUGUCGUCUCGGUAGUGUCGGAAGGGGUAAGAUACCAUUCUAGAAGCUGAGGGAGGCGAACCGGAUUAUAAGCUCCGAUGACAGACUCAAACCGCCAGGGAACCGAGGAAGGACAAAAAGGAAAAGAAGAGAAAAACUUUACUUUUUUGUUUUUAAGACUUGGUUCUUACCACGAGUGAGAAAGUUCCAUGACCCGCGAUCCCGGGGCGGGACAGGCACUAGUAAGGCCAUUAAUUUGU